GAGGCGAGAAUGAUGGUGUUGUGUUGUCAUUUCUCUGGGUAAUUCCCCCAACGUAUCCCUCGAUUGUAACAUGGUGGGGAAUCCAAACUCAAGGAAACCUCAACUGCCAAGCAAGUGCCUCAUCGUCUUAUUUUGAUUUUAUCGUCGAAUUGUAAUGUCAGGGACGUAUAAUAAGAUAUAUAAAUAUGUCCCUGGUAAUGUGAACUUAUUAUUUGCGUAAGCACGUGUGUGGCAGGCAGCCGCUGUGACCGUUUGAUGCGUGUUAUGCCUAUGAUGUGACUGUAUUAUCCAAACACUUUGCCGUUUCAUCUGUCUUUGUGAUUGACACGAUUUAUACCAUUGAGAUGCUACCAAAUCAGAUAAAACGAAUAUUACAAACCUAUGACUUGAGGUUCGAUUCCUUACCGUUUAAAUACGAGCUCAAGGACGACCAGCAUCAUUUAUCGCUUAGUAUUGAGUGGGAUUUGACAGGUCAUGGUGAUUCCUGUGAUAUUACCAAGGUUAAACCGAAAUCAAAGUCGCCGUCACAGAUCAGUCACGGUAAGCGACGAACCAUGGCAUGGAAAAGGCGAAAAGGGAUUAAGAGUCAUGAUCGGGUGGUUAUUCCAAAGAGUACAGACGACUCUGGUGUUUCUGUUGAACCUGCCUGUGUGGAGGAAUUUCAGAAGCAGAAGCCAGUUUUACGUAGUGUAAGUGUGAUGACACAGUGUGACCCUAACCCUGUUAAGCCUAUCAGCAUUGAGCCUAAGCCUGAGGUUAUUGCUACAUCAUGUGUAAAGUCGCCUUCGAGUCAUCCAAAGACAGCGCUAUUGAAUAUUGGUAAACCCGUUUGUGAAGGAAAGUUAAUUUCUCAACCAACAGGUCAACCUUUCAAUAAUGUACACCAGAUCAACCCUCCAAAAACUAUCACAGCUGGAUUCGUUCGUGAGGAGAAAGCCCAUUCUCUACCGACAAGUCUGUGUGAUGAUGACUUUGGGUGGGACACAAACCCAUUUGCUCAACAAAUGUCGAGAAAGAGGAACUUGACAUCUUCACAAGUCAAUCAUGUGACCACUGUUGCGAAACCGUCCAAUUUUGACAGUAUUGUGAAAAAGUCUGAUGAUGGGACAUGCUCGAUCAACUCCAAAGACCUACUAGUAUUUCUGAUAAAUAAGUGAUUAUAUAAUUUGACAAUAUCUCAUUACUGAAGUGAUUUAAGCCGGUGUUGUAGACUGUUUUAUAGAUGAUAUGUUUUACAUUGUCGAGUAAUAUUGACAAUAUUAUCCAAUGGGAACCCUAUAAACAGUGUAUAAUACUGUAUAUAUACAUACUAUACAGUUUAGUUUCAGCAUACAUGUAUAUAUUACAGUUUAUUGUGUUAUGUGGUGCUGCAAUUGUGUCUUAAUUAAUCAAGUGAGAUUAUGAUGUUUCAGUUUUAUAUAUUAUGUUAUGAUGAGUAACAUUUCUAUUUGGCAUAUGGACUUUGUGGAAUGACUGAAAUUUUAAAUGUUGAUCUAUCAUAAUCAGAUCAUUGAUUUAUAAAUAAUAACUACAUGUAUGUACUUUGGUUUUUUUUUUUUGUGGGGGCAUGUUAUAUAUAUAUGUAAAAUAUAUAUUUUAGGUGACCAUGAAAUUUCUUAGUUCCGGAUAAUGUCAGCCGGUUGUUUAUAUGUUGGUUCGAAUAUUAGUUUGCUUUGUUGUUUCCCGAAAUAUAAAGAGUUGCCGCCACGAGGCGAGAA